AUGGACGCGCGAGGACCCAAAGCCCCCGGCGGGGACGCGCUGCGCGACGCGGCAGAAAAUCUAUUUCAGGAACUUCAAGAACAUUUUCAAGCUCUGACUGCAACAUUAAACCUCAGAAUGGAAGAAAUGGGAAAUCGCAUUGAGGAUUUACAGAAGAAUGUAAAUGACCUAAUGGUGCAAGCUGGGAUUGAAAAUUCUAUUAAAGAACAAAUGGUAAGGUCAUCAUUAGGAAACUAA